UGAACGUCAUUAGCCUUUGGAGAGAAGGCGAGCAGUUCCAAAGCGGAAACUCCUCCCGAAUCCUGACUGCGGGACUCACAGACACAGAAAAAAAAAAGGAUACCAACCAAAUUAACACAAACCGCCCGGAAACACACGUACAUUCUACUAUAAAACAAGAAAACUACAGCAAAUAAAACGCAUAAGGAAAAAGUAGCAUUGACAUAAAACUGUCUCGGAUUUUUUUUUUUCUUGUAGUAGUUAGCAGUGCUUUUAUGUUUUGAAUCGAGCGUCCAUCGAUGCUCCGACAUUACAAGAGAACUGGACCGACCGGGCAAUGAUUCCCAAUACCUGAAUUUUAAGGAGCCUGAGAGAAUAGGAUAUGCAGACUUGAAGGACCUCUCUGUACCUUGUGGAGAUUUGUGCCUUAAAGAAAAUGGGAUUUGGAAGAGAUCUUCAGCAUUCCCACGAUGCACUUUUGAAGCUGCAGGACUGGGAGUUAAAACUGCUGGAGACAGUAAAGAAGUUUAUGACUUUGCGGGUUAAAAGUGACAAGGAAUAUUCAUCUCUCCUUCAGAAUAUAAGUCAACAAGUAGACAAGCAUGAUAACUCCUCGCAAGUGGAUUAUGUCAGCAACGUUUCCAAGUCUUGGGCAUAUAUGGUACACCAGACAGAACAACUAAGCAAGAUAAUGAAGUCACACGCUGAGGACCUUAACUCAGGACCUCUCCACAGGCUCACCAUGAUGAUAAAGGACAAGCAGCAGGUGAAAAAGAGUUAUCAUAGCUUACAUCAGCAAAUCGAAUCAGAGAUGUGCAAGGUAACAAAAAACGAGCUGGAAAAAUUAAAAGGCACUUACAGACAAUUAACAAAAGAUGCCAAUUGUGCCAAAGAGAAGUAUAAAGAAGCUAUUAUGAAAGAUGAACUUCUAAACACUCAAGGCAAGGAAUCUGAAAAGGCUAGAGACCGGUAUGACAAAGCAACAAUGAAACUCCACAAUCUCCAUAACCAAUAUGUGCUAGCAGUGAAGGGGGCCCAGCUGCACCAGGAGCAUUAUUACGACACUAUUCUUCCUCAGCUACUGGACUCCUUGCAGAAGAUGCAGGAAGAAAUGAUUAGAGCACUGAAAGGAAUUUUGGAAGAAUACAGCCAGAUCACCAGUUUUGUAACAGAUGAAAUAGUUAAGCUUCAUGCAGACAUACACACCUCUCUAGAGCAGAUUGACCCCUCUUCAGAGUAUGACAGUUUUAUUGAAGUUCACAGAUCACCCAAAGUUAAGGAACCAAGAGUAGAAUUUGAUGUUUCUCUGUUGGAAGAGGCCGAAAACCUUCAAGCAAAUGAGAUCUUGUGGAACAAUUUAACAGCGGAUAGUUUACAAGCAAUGUUGAAAACAGCAACAGAUGACCUAGCCCAAACUCAGCAGACACUCCUUAACAAAGAAGAACUGAUGCAGGACUUAGAAAGGAAAAUUGAAGAAUCUGCCAAAUCAUGUGAAAAUAAAUCAGAUGUUGUCUUGCUGCUUAGCCAGAAGCAGACACUGGAAGAGUUAAAGCAGACAUUACAAUUGCUGAGGUGCACAGAGGCUAAGCUGGCCGCUCAGAAAGAGUUACUGGAUCAGAAGAUGCAAGAGAAUGAUGGCAAAGAGCCCCCUCCUGUCGUAAAUUACGAAGAGGAUGAUGUCAGAUCCGUUGCUUCCGUGGAUAAAGGAAAAGACAAGGUCUCGAAGUUGGACACCUUACGGCAUUCUAUUGCUGGGAUUAUUCGGUCUCCAAAAUCAGUCUUGAGCUCAUCUUCAUUCUUUGAUGUGAUACCAACCAGCGAGAAGCCAUUAGGAGAGCAGGAUUGGUACCAUGGUGCAAUCCCAAGAAUAGAAGCUCAGGAGCUGUUGAAGCAACAGGGAGACUUUUUGGUCCGGGAAAGCCAUGGCAAACCGGGUGAAUAUGUCCUCUCUGUUUUUUCAGAGGGACAGCGAAGACACUUUAUCAUACAGUACGCAGAUAAUCAGUAUCGAUUUGAAGGCACUGGCUUUCCAACGAUUCCUCAGCUAAUAGAACACCAUUACACAACAAAGCAAGUUAUUACAAAGAAGUCGGGCGUGGUGCUACUGAAUCCUGUUGUCAAGGAUAAGAAAUGGGUUCUCAAUCAUGAAGAUGUAACACUUGCAGAGUUACUGGGCAAAGGUAAUUUUGGAGAAGUAUUCAAAGGAACACUGAGAGACAAAACUCAAGUUGCUGUAAAAACAUGUAAAGAAGAUCUACCACAGGAGCUGAAAAUAAAAUUUUUAUCAGAAGCAAGGAUACUUAAGCAAUACGAUCACCCAAAUAUUGUGAAGUUAAUAGGAGUCUGCACACAAAGACAGCCUAUUUACAUUGUAAUGGAACUUGUUCCAGGUGGAGAUUUCCUUUCCUUUUUGAGGAAGAAAAAAGAAGACCUAAAAACGAAACAGCUGGUGAAGUUUGCUUUAGAUGCUGCUUUAGGAAUGGCUUACCUUGAAUUAAAAAACUGUAUCCACAGGGAUCUGGCUGCAAGGAACUGCCUGGUUGGCGAGAAUAACUUGCUGAAGAUCAGCGACUUUGGAAUGUCUCGGCAAGAGGAUGAUGGGAUUUAUUCAUCAUCCGGCUUGAAACAGAUUCCCAUCAAAUGGACUGCGCCAGAGGCCCUAAAUUACGGGAGAUACAGUUCAGAAAGUGACGUGUGGAGUUAUGGCAUUCUUCUCUGGGAGACGUUCAGUUUAGGAGUUUGUCCCUACCCCGGAAUGACAAACCAGCAAGCCAGGGAGCAAGUUGAAAAAGGUUACAGAAUGACUUGUCCACAGAAGUGUCCAGAGGAGGUCUACAAAACAAUGCAGAAAUGCUGGGAAUACAAGCCUGAAAACCGUCCCAAGUUUGUUGACAUACAAAAGGAACUUGCAUCAUUAAAAAAGAAAUAACAUUAUAGAUAGAGGAAGGAACAUACAGACUUUUUCUUAUUUUAUAUAUAAAUCUAUAACUUGGCAAACAGAGAUACACUGAUUGUUUGCCUCAUCAUCAAUACCAUCAUACUGCAUUAACACCUUUAAAAUAAUUUGUAAUGUUAGUAUCCAGUUGCUAGUGUCAUAGUGCCUUUUGCCUAUAACUAUUUGAGGACAUAAAAAGCAAACAAACACAAAAAAAAAAACCUGCCUAAACACAGCUGCCAAAUAUUCUGCCAUCGCUAAAGUCAGAGGUGCCAUUUGUGUUCUGUUUAUUUGGUGGGGUGUAUUUCAUGCAUGGGGAAUUAAAACUGAGGUAAUCCUUUGAUAAUUGUUAUUUUAUUGUCUAAUUUAUUUAUAACGUUGGCCCAGAUGUUUAUGGGAAGUGAUAAGCGAGUCCUUAUGGAAUUCAGUCCUAGUUAGCACCUUUUACAGGCUAGGUAAUUUCUUGAUCACAGAACCAAUGCCAGGAAAUACCACCCUCAUACAAGGGCACAAAAUAUAUCCUGUUGUCUGUAACUGUGAUUAACUAGCUUUUUGUUACUGUAGUUAUCAAGUGUUUGUUGAAUCAUCUUGUUUUUUUUAAAUGUAUAUUAUCGCCAGUAUUUACCAAAGCCCAGCAUCUGCAUAUCAUUUCAUACAAAUGAACUACCUGUACAGUAUGUGAAACACAUUUUUUUUAAUACUUUAUUUUUAAAAACAUGGUCUUUUACAAGGUGCAUUUUUAGGUUUUGAAAUACAUGUUCAUACAUUUUCUACAAAACAAAAUAAAAAUCAUUUGACAGGCAGACAUUUUUUUUUUGGUUUUUAUAUUACCGUAUAUAGUCAUGUGUCAUGUAGUAGCCUUAGCUCUUCUUUACCAUAACACCAAACAUCCAACACACAUUUCAGCAGUAUUAUAGAAACAGUAGACUUUGUUAAAGUGUUGAUGCAAGGCAUUUGAUGUUGUAAGGCGUGCGUUUACGGAGAGCUGUUUUAUUGAACACCGUUGUCACUGGUAAUUCACAGCAGUGGUCUGUUCUACAGUUUAAAUAUAAUUAAACAUGUGGAAUACAUUAGCCUCGUGCAUUUUAGAUAUAAAGAGGAUAAGCAAUAACACUGUGUUAUGUAAUUAUUAACAUUAUGCUGUUAUUUUAUAAGCAAAAUAUUAACUAUAGUUAGCAAUAGCUGUGUCAAGCAUUUGGCUGUGCAACAGUUUAGUCAUUUUUUGUUUUUGUCUCUUAGUUAAAAUCCUGCCACUUCAAAAAGUAGAAAGCAGUUUUAGAAAUAAAUUGAUGUCAGGGACCAAAGCUGCUGCUGUAUGUUCAUGUAAAAGAGUUUGUUUUUAUAUAACACGUUGCAAGUACCUUUGAGCCAGUUACCUGCAAUAUCUGGAUGUGGAUAGCUGGGCUAGGAUAUAUUUCCAAAUAUGUAAAUACUUCUUAGAAAACAAAGUUGAAACCUUUACAAUCAAAAACUUUAACUGGUGUUGAGAUUGAGAAGUGUCUGUGACUUUGUUUAGCAGCAAAAUGCCGGACAGGACUGACCUGGGUGAUUCACCCCACACAAGGUGAAGUAAAGAACAAUAAAACAUCAUUUUAAAGUCCUGUAUUCAAUGCUGCACUGCAUGUACUUGCAGCAUGCUGUGUUUUUUGGUUUUAGUAUUUUGUACAUUUAGUUGUGUAAAUAACAUUAGAUGUGUGAUAUUUAACUUUUUGUUUUGCACACUAGGUUUUUUUUUUUUAAAGGCAUUGAGAUAUAGUUAUAUUAAUACAUUUUAAAAGGAAUUUCUGUGCACAUGUAAUGUCCUGAUUGUUGCGACGCUGCAGUUGUAGGAAAUCAAUAGAAGCCAAUCCGUGUUUUAUAGAACUAUAUAUAAGUCUAAACUACAUUAAUUUGGUGAAUUGUAGUUUAAGUCAAUUAUCAAAAAAAAAAAAAAAAUGAACACAAGUGAUUAAUAUGCUCCUGCUGAUGAUUGAUUAUUGCACUAAGAUCAUGAUUUUGAUAUAGCUUAGUGUAGGGUGUAACGAUUCAUUGUGUAUCAAUGCAUCAUGAGGCUCUCUUUACAUGAUAUAUCAUAUCGUAAUAGAAGUAUGUAUCAUUUGUAUCAUGAUCCAAGACCAAAAGCACAACACCGCUCAUUCUAGAUCAUCAAAUGGCUCUUGAAUGAAGAAUAUGUGUGUUUUAUAGUUGGUAUGGAUACAUACUCUCCCUGUCCCAUUUAAUUUGUAUCUUUUAACUAAGUAUUCCAUCAUUAAAUUACCAUUUGAUCUUCUUACGCAUCGUACAAGUAGCCAAUCAGGACAACCAUAUAUAUUGUGAUACAUGUCGUACCACAGCCUGCAUAUCACGAUAUGCUUAAAAAGCGUUGACUUAGAACGUCUAACCUGACCAGUAAGGAAAAGAAAAAAUCAUCACGUAACAUUUGCCAACUAUUUUAACAGUACUGAGCUUAUUGUUCAUUUCAUUUGUUUACACAAAAGUUUAGCUGGUUUGUAGCUGUUUGUUUGUUUGUUUGUUUCUCACUGGCACGUAACUUGUGAAGAAUUAUGUCUUUUCCAGUCCUCAUCUGUAUUAGUGAAAUAACAAUAGAUGGAUGUAUACAUGCCUGGUGCUUUUUAAAAUGUUUAUUCUGUGGACAUGAUGACUUUAAAGAUAAGUGGGACACUUGGUAUCUGCAUUAAAAUAAAAAAAAAUGUCAUUAGGCACAUUAUACAGUAUUUUCAAAGUGUUCAAAUUAUAAUAAUUAAAAAAAAAAAACAGCUGUAAGAAAACAGAAUUGAGGGGGGGUGGGGGGGGAAGCUAUGUGCAUCACUCCAGUAAAAUGGACAAGGCGAGAAGGAUGAUUCCUUGCUAAAAGCAAUGUAAGCACAUAAUGCUUUUGUGCCCCGAGGAGUAGCCUAUAAUUUGUGGCAUUGUUGAAGCUUCGAUCUGUUACGUAUGCCUGUACCAGCUAGUAGGUUUUGAGCACAUUUUGACUCAAGUUAUUUGUAACACUGGAAACAUGGAUCUCCCCACUCCCUUAUGGUGUAUACAAGGUAAAUAGUGUGAGCCUUUUAGUGCUUUGCCCCUAAAUACUUUAGGUAGAAUUGUCCAUUACUUGUAAAUUGUUUAACGUAAUUCUUUUUUAUUAUUAUUAUUUAUUUGUACUGAUAUUUUAAAACUAGUAAUUUUACACACAAAACCCCAAGCUACAAUUUUCUGUGUAUAAUUGUAUAUUUUUCAUGUUUGCUCAUAAUGAUGCCUAUAAUUGACCAAUCACAGUUAACAUGUCUUUUAAGGUUCAUGUUUGUACUGUAUUCUUGCAAUAAAAACACAUUUGUAGUC